AUGAGUGACGAUGAAAUAUCUAGUUCAAAGCAAGGGAAUGAGAGACUAAGGGCUAAAUUGGAGAAAUUGUUGAAGGAUAAUAAUGCUGACAACCUCGGGUUUCUUAACCCGUUGUAUGGAAACCACGACUCCACUGUACCAUCAAAUCUAGAACGGCUCAAGGACAAGUAUAAAUUGCAGUUGGAGGAGAUAAACAAGAUGGAGUCACCACUUAAAGUGGAUCAGAUACGAGGGAAACUGAGUGGUGUGGAUAGGAAGAAGGAGGAGGAGAACUCGCACGCCAACUCGUUCCGCAAGCAGGCUAGUCCAAAGAAGGAGCCCAUAGCUCAAGAAGAGGUCAAGAGGUUGAUGGUCGAAGUUGAAAGAUUAAACAAGAAUGUGGAAUUGUUGAAGAAGUCGCUUCGGGAUAAGGAGCAGGAAAUGAGCGAUUUGAUUGAGGAUUACAAGGAUAAGGAGAGACGAAUAUUCAAGGAUCAAGAUUUCAGCAUCACCAAGCUCAAGAAGGAAUAUAACCACAAAAUUCAGAAUUUACAGUCCAAACUCGACGAAAAGAAUGAGAACGAGGUAAAACUAUCUCAGAAAUGCGAUCGUAUAAAGGAGGAGAGUCUAAUCAAAGACUCAAUCAUUCAAAAGUUAACUUCUGAAAUUAAGCAGAAAGAAAAGGACUUCGGGAAAUUAGCGGCAGAUUUGACGAUGCAGCAACAAGAUGAGAAUUCAGUUACCAAUAAUAACAACCAAGUAGAUGAGGAGUUGUAUCAUGAGCAACGCGUUGAGUAUGUUGACGAUGAGGAGUUCCUAAAAACAAAGGCUACACUUGACGCGAUGGAGAAGCGCAGUGAAGCUAAGCUAAAGCAAGACAUGGCUAGGAAUGUAGAGCUAUUCAAUAACCAGAGUAUUUGA